CCGCACUAAUUAAAUGCCAUCUGGGUGGUUCCUCUGGGUUUUGAGUCCAUCACCCAGUUCAGAUCGAGUCAGAGGCCAAGGAGGAGAACAUGAUGAUGGACCUUUUUGAAACUGGCUCCUAUUUCUUCUACUUGGACGGGGAAAAUGUUACCCUGCAGCCGUUAGAAGUAGCAGAGGGCUCUCCUUUGUAUCCAGGGAGUGAUGGUACCCUAUCUCCCUGCCAGGACCAAAUGCCCCCAGAAGCCGGGAGCGACAGCAGCGGAGAGGAGCAUGUACUGGCACCCCCAGGCCUGCAGCCUCCCCACUGCCCCGGCCAAUGUCUGAUCUGGGCUUGUAAGACGUGCAAGAAAAAGUCUGCCCCCACCGACCGUCGGAAAGCCGCCACUCUGCGCGAGAGGAGGCGGCUAAAGAAAAUCAACGAGGCCUUCGAGGCACUGAAGCGGCGAACUGUAGCCAACCCCAACCAGAGGCUGCCCAAAGUAGAGAUUCUGCGGAGCGCCAUCAGCUACAUUGAGCGGCUGCAGGACCUGCUGCACCGAUUAGAUCAGCAGGAUAAAAUGCAGGAGCUAGGGGUGGACCCCUUCAGCUACAGACCCAAGCAAGAAAUUCUUGAGGGUGCGGAUUUCCUGCGCACCUGCAGCUCCCAGUGGCCAAGUGUUUCGGAUCAUUCCAGGGGGCUCGUGAUAACGGCUAAGGAAGGAGGAGCAAACGUUGAUUCGUCGGCCUCAAGCAGCCUUCGAUGCCUUUCUUCCAUUGUGGACAGUAUUUCCUCCGAGGAACGCAAACUCCCUUGCGUAGAGGAGGUGGUGGAAAAGUAACUCUGGGCCGGCGCGUUCCACGCAGCAGGAAGACUCCUUCUCCACCUAAUCCUUUAGAUUAGGUCACAUUCAUUACCAUUUAGACACCCAGACCCCAGAUUUUAGGAAAGGGAAGGAGACAUAUUCACAAAGAAACUUGUUCAAACUCAAGCGAAAGGGCCUUUUGGCUUUGGGCUUCUAUUUUUUUUUUUUUUUUUUUUUUGAAACCGCACGAGUGCCUUAGGUCUAGCAUCCCUGUUUUGUUUUUGUUUGGUUGGUUUUGUAAUAUAUUAACUUUUAUUACGGCGAUCCUUUGUGCCACAUGCGAAAGAAGUUCAUUCCUGUCUAAAGCGAAGUGGGAACGUUAAUCUUAGUGGUACUUAAUGUAUUUUUGUAUAUAGUCUUAGUAUGUUCAUUUUUUUAAUGUAAACUUAAGAAGUAUAUUUUAAAUGUGGACUGAUGGAUUGUAUAUAAAAUGUGUGAGGAUCCUAUCCUGGUAUUGUAAUAUUAAAAAUAAGUUUCUAUAUGAACAAAGUUGGUCUUAAUUUGAUUCAACUGGAAACAUACAUUUGAGGGCAUGUGUACAAAAAUAAAGAGGAGCCAUAUUUUAAU